UUUACGAGUUGUAAAUAUUUUCGUAGUCUUCUUCCACUUCCGUUUAGUAAUGAGACGGACAACAAUAUUUAAAUUCAUAUCCAUGUUUCCGGAACCUGUCCUAUUACUGAAAUCAUCCCCUUGUGCCUGGAUGUUAAGUGGAUGUGAAGUCAUCGUUAAGGUAUUAAAGUCCGCCAUCUUGAUUUUAGGAGUUCCGGCGGAGAUGUAUACUCAGGGAACCAUGUACUACAUCUACACGGUCGGUUACGUCGGCGGUGGAUUGCUGACGUCAUUCAUUUUUGUACCAUUGUUUUACCCGCUAAACCUUACAAGCAUUUACGAGUAUCUGGAGCUGAGAUACAAAUCCAGGUCUGUGAAACUUGUCGGGAGUACUAUAAGUAUAAUUGCAACUUUGAUGUUUACCGGUUUCGCCUCGUAUGCCCCAGCUACUGCUUUAGAACAAGUGAGCGGUUUUCCGGAGUGGGGAUCUUUUAUCAUGAUUGGCGUCGUCUGUACUUGUUAUACUUUACUGGGAGGACUUAAAGCAGUGGUGUGGGUCGAUACAUUCCAGGCGAUUAUCAUGAUUGCUGGUCUUUUCGCUAUCAUGAUCAAGGCGAUCAUGGAGGUUGGCGAUUUUGACGAAGUCUGGCGAAUCAACGAUCAGUGGGGAAGAAUACAGUUCUGGGAUUUUAAUCCAGACCCAACUGUCCGCCAUACAUUUUGGACCCUAACGAUUGCCUCGUUCGUAAGCUCGGCUGGGUCCAUUGGGUGCAGCCAGGCCAGCGUACAACGGUUCUGUGCCACAAAGUCCCUGCAAGAAGCUAGAAAGGCGGUGUGGGUGAACUUGGGCGGUAAUGUUAUCAUGUAUACCGUCGCCUGUAUCACCGGGAUCUCUUUAUUUGCGUACUACGUCAAACAAGGAUGCGACCCAAUAUCUAACGGAGACGUGUCAAAUAUUAACCAGUUGGUGCCACACUUUGUACAGGAACUGCUCGGCUACCCUGGUAUCCAAGGACUAUUUAUAGCGUGUCUUUUCAGUGGAGCGCUUAGUUCAGUUUCAUCAAACUUAAGUUCUCUGUGCGCUCAAACAUGGGAGGACAUGCUGAAACCCGUACUAAAAAUGAAAACAGAAGAACAAAAAACGAAAAUCGUCCGUCUUCUUGUGGUGAUAUACGGAGUGGUGGGAAUAGGGAUGACCUUUCUGACAAGUAAUCUGACCGGAACGAUAUUACAGGCCACCAUGAGUUUUAUUGGAGUUGGAGCUGGACCCCUGACUGGUAUUGUGGCACUUGGAGCACUCUUUCCGUGGGCCAACUGGAUUGGGGCCAUCACCGGAAGUGUUCUAUCUUACAUACUGAUGAUGUGGAUAGGUAUAGGGAAAUAUACCAUCGUUGGUGAACCACUCGUCCUUGACUUUCCUACGUCAUCAUGUAACCUUGGCAACAGUAACAUGACAACAGCUUUACUUACAACAAUGUCCACCAUCAACGCUACUCAGCAAAGUGUUUACCAUGAAUUAUCUGGACUAGAGAGGUUGUACAGUUUAUCUUACCUGUGGUAUGCCGGUCUGGGACUGGUCCUCUGUAUCGGUAUAGGCCUGCUCGUCAGUCUAAUAACAGGCCCUAUGGAUCCAAAAGAUGUUGAUAAGAAGUAUUUGAUAUCCGUCUGUGAUUGGCUGUGCUGCUGCCUUCCGAAGUCAUGUCGAGGCUGCAACAACAGUGCCAGAUAUGGAGUCUCCAUGAACAAAGAUAUUCCGUUGAAAGACGUGGGAGAUUCUAAAACAGGAACCGACAAUCCGGUUUAUAACGGUUAUGGACACGAUAUUUCAUUAGCUACCAUGACCACAAAUCGUGAUGAAGCAAUAGUUCACGUGAAAACAAAGAUGUAAAAGAUAGACAUUCUGAUGAGUCAAUAAUGGAAUAGGAUCUGCUCUGAAAAACAUCUUUUUCUCAUUCUAUCAUUUUAA